UCUCUGGUAAAUCCUCUCGCCCUCCCGCGCAUCUGGCCUGUACCCCACUUCUUGUAUAAAAAUAAAUAAAUCUUUAAAUAAAAUAAAAUGUAAACAAAAAAAUGUCACCCCCAUAGAGAGGUCAGAGGGGGCCUUUGGGAUGGGGUCUGAAGGGACAGGUGGAGUUCUGGCUGUACCUGUGGAUGGGAAAGUGUGCAGGCCUACCAGUGCAGAGAGAGGCCAUCGUGGCACAUUUAAGGAGUUUUCCCUUUUGGCUGGAGCCUGGGAGAUGUAUUUCAGAAAAUUAUGAGAUCCUUUUUAGUUCCAAACAACAACUAGGCCCACUUUGGCAGGAAAGGACUUCCUUGGAAGACUAUGAAAAUUCCCACAGUCAGAGAGAUGACUCAGGACUCAUCUCCCCUCCAGGGUCUUGGUGUGAAUGUGGCAGGCCUCUUCAGGGUACCACUGUUACCAGGAUAAGUCUGCUCUAACUGAGCUCAGCAAUUUUGUCACCACAACUUGGGAUACACAUCCCAGGGGGAGAUGUCUGGUUGGCCCAGCCUGGAACCUUCUCCCUCCUUUGGCCAGGAAAGGACUCGGGGUGCAGGAGGCAGUUGCAUGAGACUGUCUGAGGGCUAAAGUCUCCAGAAGAAGUGGACACUAAGAGAUCUGACUAGAAAGGUGCUGAACGUGGACUUGAACUGGCAGAUGGCAAGGGGAGUUUCCAAGCAUACACACUGGCAGAAGAGUCUGGCUGGAGCUUAAGGGGACAGGAAAGGAGGCAGAUCACAGAAAGCUAGAUAGGGUCCAGGUGCAACAUAAUGAAGGCUGGGACUUGGCAGUAGAGAUGGAAAGGAAGGUACCGAUUCUAGCGAGAUUGUGAAAGUUGAUUUCAUCUUCUGGAACAUACACUUGAUUGGGGUUUGACAUUUCAGUGUCUGGGUGAUGGAGGAGGAGGGAGUGCUUGCAGGAGGUGGUGUGUUCCUGUGCACUUGAAGCUGACAGCGUGCCUGGAAUCCUGAUGAGCUCAUUACGCCUGACUCCAUACUGCCUGACGUUUGGGGCCUCAGACCUGUGGUGAUGGGGCUAUAAAAGCCCAGGGGCCCUGCACACCCUGAAAGUAGCUGUGGCUUUAUGGUCUCUGCCCAUAGACCUGCAUCUCUGCUGUCUGCACUUCAGCCUGGGAGGACUUCUUCCUUCCCCUUCUCGGUUUCUGUGCACCAAUUUCCCCAAAGCCAUGUUCUCUCUGUACCUGAGCUCUUACAACUAAAGGGCCUGGCCCAGUUUCUGGGGUCCUAGGUGUUCCACCCUUUCUGCUCAAAAUGCCUGUUGGCAAUAAGUCCCUGCUGACGAUCAGGGCAAUCAUCUCCCGGUGACAUUUUGCAGGGAGAGGGUCUGACCUUUGCCCACUAUCUGGCGAACUGACUUUUCCUCCAGUUAUGCUGUUGGUCACCAGGGAUGCCUGUGUGUGUCCCUGACCAGUCAUUCUAGAGUACUUCUCAGUGCCUGUUUAUAAAUCAUUAUUGUAAUUACAACAUAUUGUCAAUUGAGCUUUCGUGUUGCCAUUGCAGCUCUCUCCCAAGGCACCCGGGCACAGGCUGGGGUUUGGGCUGCCCCAGCUUUCUACCGGAGAAUUGGAGUUUCCUCCAUAGAAAUGGGAGGGAAGGAACAGGGCCCCCGGGGGGGGGGAGGGGGGCUGGGCAGGAGGACCUGUGCUGAAGGGUACUUUACCCUCACAGAUUUUCAGGGAGAUUAUCACCUCCCUGGUGUGAAGAGGAUAGUUCCCUUCAGUUCCAGCUGUUGGCAUUCAAAUACAUGUGCUAUUUUCCCAUGUCUGGAUGCGGGGCAUUCCACCAUGUACAGUAAGGUGAACCAGGGACAAGGGGAAUCAAGGAGAAAAACGUAAUUUUUCUUUAUUUUGAUAUCAAUGCUAGGUUUGUAUUUGUAUAAUAGUUAUAUUAAAAUGAAACAAAUAGUUCUGGUAUUGGAUGUUGAAAUAUGCCCUUAACCCAGCUGUGACCCUCAGGGGGCUGUAAUGCCCUUGCAAAUGAGGAAGCCCAGAGAGGGCAAGCUAUUUACUGAUAUCACUGUGGUUUCUGAGGUGGUAGGGGAUCCAGCAGCAUGUGGUCUCCAUCUCUUCCUGGAUAAUGACCUUUGCCUUUGCGCAUCCUUUCCCCAGUUUGCUCCUUUUCUUCCUCUGGAGGAUCAGGGGGAAACCUACCUGAGGGACACAGAAAGGAACCCCACUUCUGUAUGGUCAGGGCCUAAGACCAUCCUAGUAAAGGGAUCCCUCUUGUUCCCAAAGGGCAGCAUUGCAUGACUCAAGAGAGCACAGGGGACCUUGAUGGGUUGAGGCCUAACCCAGAAAUGCCAAAGAACAGUCCUCAUCCUGCCCUGCCCUUUCCCUCCAGAAUCCUUCAGCUGUCAAGUCCCAGCCCUGUGGGCAGGCACCAGCCUCCCUGCCAGAGCAAGCCUACAGCCUGCUGAGGAAGAAAGUCAGCAACAAGUGCAAACAGCUAAUUGGCCUAGAGGGAGCUGCUCUGGUGAGGAAAAAUCAACAAGUUACUUAUUUGUGUGGCUACAGGGAAUUUGGAGGUUUGGGGUGGGUAGUGAGGAGGGGCAGAGGAGAGGUAGAGUAUAGGAAGAGACACAGAGGUGGGAGUUGCAGGGCUGGGGUGGGGAAUUCCUCCCCUUCCUGUCACCCUACCUCCUCCUCCAUGCCCACUUCCCCUUUCUUUCUUGUAGGGUUUCUUUGGGCUUGAAAAGGACAUUAAGUAAAACUAUGAAUCACCUCUGCCCCCAAGGUGGAGCUCCCCUAACCCUCACUCCUACCCAAGGGUCAGGCUGCGGCAGCCCGGCGCCUGACGAGUGAGAGGAACCUGCCAGGGGAUUACUGCCAGCGCCAGCUAACGGCACGACUGCCAGCCUCAGGGGUAUGGGGAUGGGCAGAGCCACUUUUCAGCCCAACCCAGCAGCACCAGGCAGGAGGCCUGGGCCCUGGUGGGGAGCUUGCCACACGCUCGGCUGACCCAGAUGGUGGGAAAAGCAGCGCCCGCUGAGUAGCAGCUGUGCGCAGAAACCCAAAGGAGCCUGCAGCAGGAGCUCUGUAGCCCUCUACCCCAACUGCCUUUGGGCCUUGACAGUCAAGUGAAGGGAGUGGCACCUCAGGUGGUAGCGAAGGGGAGAACUUGAAGAGGAUCUUGAUUUUGGCAACAGUUUUCUAACACCCACGGAGCUGCCAAGGUUUUUUCUCUCAGGGUUGGGGCCUGGUUCCCUUCCCCUGGCAGAGGGGUGGUACCAGGAGGACCAAACAAUGUGGGGACUGCUCUUGCAUGGAAUCCAGGCAGCUUAAAGCCCUUGUGCUCUCUGUUGUGAUUGGGGUUUGAGGUCUUCCCCCCCCCUGCAGGGACGAGGGGCUGCCUCAGCAUCUGCUCAUGAGCCACAAGGACCCCGACUGCAUCAGACUGGACCUUUCCAAGCUGCCAAAGAGGGGGGCCUCCAAAGCUGGCAGCCAGCAACCCCAAGGGACUAGAAGGCUGAGAUGGACUGACCUCCCCCUUGCCAGGGUGGCAGGAGAAGCAGAGCAUCUGUGGCCCAGCUAAUGACGGAGAUUCCCGGUGGAGCCAUAAGCAGGGACCCAAGUGACUCAGGGCCUGGGAGCCACUCCUGCCAAAGUGCUUUCUUCUCACGUUGAAGGAGGCCGUGGUGUGGAACCCCUACCGCUGGCCCCUCCACAGCACGUGCCCUUAUGCCCUUUGCACGAGGAGCCAGAGCAGGCAGGCUACACCGUGGCUGGCCGGUCAGCCAGCUGGGAAAGGAGCGGCCACGGUGACACCCACCUGCCCAGCGGGCUGGUAGUCCAGCCCCCUGGCACAUCGCACCAUGAAGUGCUCCCUGCGGGUGUGGUUCCUCUCUGUGGCCUUCCUGCUGGUGUUCAUCAUGUCACUGCUCUUCACCUAUUCCCACCACAGCAUGGCCACCCUGCCCUACCUGGACUCGGGGGCCCUGGGCGGCACCCACCGGGUGAAGCUGGUGCCUGGCUAUGCCGGCCUGCAGCGUCUCAGCAAGGAGGGGCUCGCUGGCAAGAGCUGUGCCUGCCGCCGCUGCAUGGGUGACUCCGGCGCCUCUGACUGGUUUGACAGCCAUUUCGACAGCAACAUUUCCCCCGUCUGGACCCGAGAGAACAUGGACCUGCCCCCAGAUGUCCAGAGGUGGUGGAUGAUGCUGCAGCCCCAGUUCAAGUCACACAACACUAACGAAGUGCUGGAGAAGCUGUUCCAGAUAGUACCGGGCGAGAACCCCUACCGUUUCCGUGAUCCCCAGCAGUGCCGGCGCUGUGCAGUGGUGGGGAACUCAGGCAACCUUCGGGGUUCUGGCUACGGGCCGGAUGUGGAUGGGCACCACUUCAUCAUGAGGAUGAAUCAGGCACCAACUGUGGGCUUUGAGCAAGAUGUGGGCAGCCGAACCACCCACCAUUUCAUGUACCCUGAGAGUGCCAAGAACCUGCCCGCCAAUGUCAGUUUCGUGUUGGUGCCCUUCAAGGCCCUGGACCUACUGUGGAUUGCCAGUGCCCUGUCCACAGGGCAGAUCCGAUUCACCUAUGCCCCAGUGAAGUCCUUCCUUCGAGUGGACAAAGAAAAAGUCCAGAUCUACAACCCAGCCUUCUUCAAGUACAUCCAUGACAGGUGGACAGAGCAUCACGGACGGUACCCUUCCACAGGGAUGCUGGUGCUCUUCUUUGCCCUGCAUGUGUGUGAUGAGGUGAACGUGUACGGGUUCGGGGCCGACAGCCGCGGCAACUGGCACCACUACUGGGAGAAUAACCGGUACGCGGGCGAGUUCCGGAAGACGGGCGUGCACGACGCCGACUUCGAGGCCCACAUCAUCGACAUGCUGGCCCAGGCCAGCAAGAUCGAGGUCUACCGAGGCAACUGAACCUGACCCCUCGCGACCCUUCCGGCCCGGCCUCGAGGCGCGCUCGGGCCAGGACCCCGGGCCAGCCCGGGGCCCCGCGGUGGGAAGGCUGCGGUCUGGGCCAAUCAUGCUGCAGCCCAGCGGGCCUUCCGGCCCCCGCCAGUGACGAAACUUUCGGGGCCCGUCCGCUGAGGCACCAAUCAGCGCCGCAGUUGGGCGGGGCCUCUUUUUCCCAACCAAUCAUGAGACUCAAGGAGAACUUCCGGCGCGGGGCUCCGUCUCCUCCAAUCGCUGGCCUUCGGAGGCGGGGCCGCGGCCGCUCUAGCCCUUCUUCUCUAUGCUUUGGGGUAGGAUUUUAUUUCUCGUUCUUUCAAGGAUGAGCGGUGGGUUCCGGCCUGGACGCAGCACUCUCCUCAGGAGAGCGUGGGUCGGUUGCCGGGCUGACCCCUCCGGGGCGCCAGCGCUUCAGCUUCGUUCCUAGGCCGCCUCGGUGUGGGCGGAGGGGCGAUCGCCAGCCUCUUUGGGGAUCAGGGGUGCGGGUGGGGUGGGGGGUUCCCGGGAGCGCGCUUUCACUCCCAGGGAAAAGCCGGGUCCCAGAGAGAAUCAGGCCCCACAUUUCCUUCAUCGGUCAGACUCAGUUGGGUGAGUGUAAACCCACCAAAGAAAUGCAGUGAGAAUCCAGAGGGUGCGUGGGUCCCCUCCUUCCCCUCCCCGCCUUCGGCCACCCUAUGGAAUGGCCUUUCUCACCAGGGCAUUUAGUCUCACCAGGAAGCUAGAAUUGUAUUCACCCCCUGCUUGGGGGCGGAUUCUCCUAGGGCCUAACUCUUGAAAAAUAGGUGUAAGGAGCAGGGCAGGGGACAAGGAAUCCCCCUCACAUCAGAUGUGUAAGGUGCUUCUCACUCAAGUGUGCCCUAGCCCCAACUGUUCACCACAACCUUUCACUGACUCCUUGGCCCAGGGCCUCCUCACCAGCCUGCUGUUGCUCUGGGAGAAAAAAAAAAAUCUAAACUUGCCCUGGGAUUUGGGGCACUGCUGCUUUUCUCUCUCUCUCCCUCUCUCUCUCUCUCUUUCUCUCUCUCCCUCUGUCUCUCUCUCUCUCUCACACACACACACACCCACCCCUACCCCUUUGGCUGGCUCUAGGGAGAGGGAGCAACAUGUAGGAAACAAAGCUGGAGAAGAGGAGUCUGGCUACCUGGUGCAUGCACCUUCUUCCUUCACCCAUGACCCCAAAGAGGAGUAGGAAACCUCUUGCUUGGGGGUGGAAUUUGCUUUGGGCUCAUAAUUUAGUUAACCUGAAGUUACCAGGUAUGGCUGAUCAACAAAGAUUCUUUAAAACUCCAAGCUGGCCAUGCAAGUAAUGGGGAGCCUAGCUGGGGAGGAGUAGACUUGCCCCCCUGCAUGCCUCCUCCCCUGCCCAUUUGUGUCUCCUUCCCCAUGCUCCCCUCCUGCCUUCCUCUCACCCACAUCUGUUCCAGCUCUCGAAAGGCUGGGAAACUAAUAACCAGGGGUUACAACUAACUGGAAGCCACCUGUGUGACUGAGCCCAGCCUGAGUCCCUAGAGGAAGCUGCUGGUGGGAUUCUCAUCCUUCAAGGUUGGGGAAGUUUAGGAGGGCAAAUGGGCUUCUGUGAAGCUUCCAAAUCUCUGAAAGGACUCCCCUUGAUGAACAAAAAUACUCCUCUUUUUUCUUAGUGAGUUAACACCACCAGGCAGUCUCCUGGCCUUUGGUAUCGUUCCUGCAGCAGGCUGGGGGAACAGUAACCAGCAGCUAGUAUGUUAGAAAGGGUUGGGGAGGGGCAGUGGGCACCCCUAAAAUUAAUAUAUUGAGAACUUAGCUUGAGUCUGUUCCUUCCCAAUUCCGGAAGCAGGAAUAAAGAAUGGGAGUGGGUAGGAUGCCAUCUCUUGGGCCUCCCCCCACCAUUUUAGAGUCAAGGCACCAGCCGUUCUUGCCAGUCUCAUCUCAGUGCUUCCUAAAGAGACUGUUUUGAGUGUUAGGAGGAUGAAAAAAACGAUGCAAUUAUGCCAAACAGUAUUGAGCGGAAUAAUUUAUUUCUUUUGUCUUCUUUUUGUUUGGUUUGCUUUAAACCAUUAAUAAAUUCCCAUUCUGGAAGAGGUAGGUCCUAGCAUCCAGCCCAGAUCUCCUUUUCUGCAAGUUAUUGAAAUGAAACAUUUUUUAAUUUUCUUCCCUUUCUCUUUCUGAAUUAAAAAGAACAGCAAAAACAAAAACAAGAUCACAUAGUCAUUUGUUCUGAAAUGGGUACUGUGGUGGGAAGAAGGUGGAUCUGACAGGGUGCUGUGAUUGAGUAAUGGCUAAGAAUGUUGGGUCGGUGGAGAGGGGUGGGAAUGACUCACGGACACUCUCCCCUUAUGUGUCAGGAGCUUAGGUCCGUGGACACUGUUCCCUGAAGUCCCCAAGACGUAGAUCUGAGGGACUGCAGGUCUUUUUGUCAAACAACUCAGUGUCUUUUCAUUUUUCUCCAAAAGAGGAAUGAAUUGGAAAGAAUUGCUGACAGCAGCUUCCCAGGCGGCUGUGUAUAGCGGACAGAAGUGGUGGUGAGCGACCUGCAGUUUCCCCAUUAUCUUU